GGUUCUGCGGGGUGCUGCUGGGUUCUCCUUCGGUGACAGUGACUGUGUGUGUGUAUGUGUGUGUGUGUGUGUGUGUGUGUGUGUGUGUGAUGAGCGCCACUCUCUCCCUGUAGACGGUGGGGUUCGGACUCCGGAUCUGACACACACACACACACACACACACACACACGAUGUUCUGCGCCAAGCUGAAGGAGCUGAAGAUCUCCGCCGAGUGUCCCUUCUCAGGGCUGGGGAGACACGAGGAGGAGGAGGACACGGGGGACACAGGGGACACGGGGGAGGACACGGGGGAGGACACGGGGGACAGAGCGCAGGUCCAGGUGUCCAGUGUCCCCCCGAGACGCAAACCGAGCCGGACUCGAGUCACCCUGCACUCACUGGGAGAGAGCGUCCGCAAACUGGUGUGUCCGGAGUUUGAGAAACUGCGAGAUGCCGUGUGCAGAGUGAUGGAGCAGCGGUCGGCGCUCCGCACCAGUCCCACUGAACCCUCCCCAGAUGUUUAUCAGCUCCUGGACAGACCUGAAGACUUGCUGGACGUGAUGAAGAGUUACUCUGUGCAAACAGGAAUUCCCAUGGACUCUCUGAAGCUCGCUCUGGGCGCUGAGGUUUUCCGUGACUGCUAUGAAGAGGACGGUCACGUGCUCCGUGUUGUGGGCGGAGCCCUACAAGACUUCCUGAAUAGCUUCAACGUCCUCCUGAAGCAGAGCUCCCCGCCCACAGCCGACGCCCAACGUCACGUGGCCCAGGCCUCUGUGCUGUGCUUGGACAAAGACCCCGGGCUCGUGACGGUCUACUACUUCAACCCUCACUCCACCACCGAGCUCUUCUUCCCGGGUAUCGUCCAGGCGGCGGCGCACUUCCUGUACGGCAUCCACGUGGACGUCCAGAUGGACUCGGAGCUAAAAGAGGGUGGAGCUCUCCAUGACAACCAUCAGCCCCACCUUCUGUACUCCAUCGUGGUGAGAGAUGCCAGGAGCCUAACUCCCAGCCCCAUGAGGACACACUCGUCUGGUCACAUCUCACUGUCGCUGCUCUACUCCACCUUCCCCUUCCACAUCCUGUUAGAUCAGGACAUGGCGGUGCUGCAGAUGGGGGAUGGGCUGAGGAGGCGAUUAUGGCGUGGCAGGGAGGGUCAGAGGAGGCCAGCGUUUGAGGAGCACUUUGUCAUUGUGGUGCCUGAGAUACAGGCAGACUUCCAGAGAAUCCUCACCAUGCUGAACACACAGUUCAUCCUGCGGGUAAAGAAGCACGGAGCGAGCACCGCCGCCGGAUACGAGAAGCACAUGGACCUGAAGGGUCAGAUGAUCUUCAUGUCUGAGUUAAAUGCCGUGCUGUUCCUGGGCUCUCCCUGUGUGGACCGUCUGGAAGAGCUGACAGGGCGUGGCCUGUACCUGUCCGACAUCCCGAUCCACAACGCCCUGCGUGAUGUGGUGCUGGUGGGCGAGCAAGCAAAGGCACAAGACGGCCUGAAGAAACGUCUGGGGAAAGCCAAAGCAGCUCUGGAACAGGCUCACCAGGCCCUGGAGGAGGAGAAGCGCAAAACUGUGGAGCUGCUCUUCACCAUCUUCCCUGGGAACGUGGCUCAGCGGCUGUGGCAGGGGCUCCCGGUGCAGGCCAAGAAGUUUGAUCAUGUCACGGUGCUGUUCUCCGACAUCGUGGGCUUCACUGCUAUCUGCUCCCGCUGCACGCCCAUGCAGGUGGUGGACAUGCUGAGCGCUCUGUACACACGCUUCGACGGGCACUGCGGAGAACUCGAUGUCUACAAGGUGGAGACGAUCGGAGAUGCGUACUGCGUCGCUGGAGGUCUACAUAAGGACAGUCCGACCCACGCUGUACAGAUCGCUCUGAUGGCCCUGAAGAUGAUGGAGCUCUCUGAUGAGGUCACAACCCCCUUGGGCGAGGUCAUCAGGAUGCGUAUCGGUCUUCACUCGGGCUCGGUCCUGGCGGGCGUGGUCGGGGUGAAGAUGCCUCGAUACUGUCUUUUCGGCAACAACGUGACUUUAGCCAACAAGUUUGAAUCCUGCAGCUUGCCGAGGAAAAUCAACAUCAGUCCCACAACCUACAGGUUGCUCAAAGACUGCCCUGAGUUCACGUUUAUCCCACGCUCCAGAGACCAACUUCCACCCAACUUCCCUUCUGACAUCCCGGGUAUAUGUUACUUCCUGGAGGCGUCCGGCGGCAGGACGAGCGACUCGGCUGUCAGUCAUCUCGCUGCACAGUGAGGUCCGGAGCGAGGGGCCACGCCCGCAGUAGCCCGUCAUCCAGCAAUAGGACUGAUUUAAAGCUGUGGAGAGAUCAGUGCUUACAGAGCCACAGCAGAUUAGAGCGGACAUUAAUUACACUCUGUGUUACUGAUCUGAUCAGAGAUAACAAGAUCAUGUGCAGCGUUCGAGUCGCUGCAUUAGAGCACUUACUGUACACAUUCACGUAGGAUUUAUUCACUCACACACACACACACACACCGAGAGUGUAAUCGGCACACCGCAGCCCUGACUUCACACCAGACCAGUUUUACACAAACACAUCAUUAACUCUCCUCCUGAAACGCUCCCAGUGUGUCCAAGUGUAUCGUGUGACGUCACACCGUGUCACGGCGGGGAUUGACUCUAAGCUAUUUUUAUUUAUACUCACAACUGCUCAGUUCCACACACACACACACACACACACACACACACACACACACACACACACACACACACACAUGCCUAUCGCUCUGGUAGUCAUUUGCAUUAUGGGUAAACUGGGCUGUUUAUAUCGGCAGCAGUGUUUUUGUUAUUGUGCACAUCACUGAACGUUAGUUAGUUAUCUGAGAUGGACUUUCUGUCCUGUAGACAGUCUUUAAAUGUCUUUACCAAUUAAAUAUAACAUGAAAAGAUCAGAGUUCAGAUUUUACGUACUUUAAACGUAAGUGAUGAUCAUGUGAUCAUGUGACCUGUAUUAAUUUGCAUCUAAACUUGAUUUUUUUAACUCUUUCACACACACACAUUAAAAUAAAUAAAGUAAUUAUAGAGUUUAAUAUGAAACAGUGACCAUGUAGAUCCACUGGAAGUGGGCGGGGCUUGGUGAUGUUUAGUGAUGUAACAGGAGUGCAGGGUUGUGCUGGUAGUGAUGAAAGAAGAAAAGGUGCAAAAUCUCCUGCUGAUCCAUGUGAAUCAGAGGCUUCUUUAAAAAAACUGUAAAAAAUAGUAAUAAUAAUAAUUAUGUUUAGUUAAGUGUGACUUUUCGUAUCGUAAUAGAGCUGUAACUGAAAUAAUAAACACAUCGACACCA